AUGUCGUCUGGUCGCCUGCGAUCGGAGAGGAGGGCGCGAUGGGCGGUGCUGAUCGGAGGUGAUGAACGAAGAACGGUGCCGGAGCGAAUAGGGAGUGGUCAACAGUUCUGUCUACGAGGGUGGGAAAUUCUUCAUCACAGAUUCAACCGAGUCCAUUUCAGUGGACUUUUGAUGGACCAGUAUGAGAAGGUUGAGAAGAUUGGUGAAGGAACAUAUGGUGUAGUCUACAAGGCUCGUGACAAAGUCACCAAUGAAACUAUUGCUUUGAAGAAGAUUCGUCUGGAGCAAGAAGAUGAAGGAGUCCCUAGCACAGCUAUCAGAGAGAUUUCACUCUUGAAAGAAAUGCAACAUGGAAACAUUGUCAGGUUACAGGAUGUUGUGCACAGUGACAAAAGAUUGUAUCUGGUUUUCGAGUAUCUUGACCUUGAUUUGAAGAAACACAUGGAUUCUUGUCCAGAGUUUUCAAAGGAUCCCCGUCUUGUAAAAACGUUUUUGUAUCAAAUCCUACGUGGCAUUGCUUAUUGUCAUUCUCAUAGAGUUCUCCACAGAGACUUAAAGCCUCAAAACCUGUUGAUUGAUCGUCGUACCAAUGCUUUAAAGCUUGCAGACUUUGGAUUGGCCAGGGCUUUUGGUAUCCCUGUGAGGACAUUUACACAUGAGGUGGUGACACUGUGGUAUAGAGCACCAGAAAUCCUUCUUGGGUCCCGCCACUAUUCUACUCCUGUUGAUGUGUGGUCUGUGGGUUGUAUAUUUGCUGAGAUGGUGAAUCAGCGACCACUCUUUCCUGGAGACUCUGAGAUUGAUGAAUUGUUCAAGAUUUUCAGAAUCAUGGGAACCCCAACUGAAGAUACAUGGCCUGGUGUGACUUCUUUGCCUGACUUUAAGUCUGCCUUUCCAAAGUGGUCCUCAAAGGACCUGGCAACUGUGGUACCGAAUCUUGAAAAAACUGGUCUUGAUCUCCUACGUAAAAUGCUGUGUUUGGAUCCAAGCAGAAGAAUUACAGCGAGGACAGCACUGGAGCAUGAAUACUUUAAGGAUAUCGGGUUCGUGCCAUGAUUCACUUCACCAGGUUAAGGUCAUCUUCAUGUGCAAAACUUAAAAACCCUCAAUGAAUGGAUUAUUAUGUGAGAUAUGUGUGCUGUUUGUUUUUAGGUGAUUUUUUUUUUGUUUUUUUGUUUCUACCAUCUUAGGACACGGUGAUUUUUAAGGUUGUUUCUUGCAAAGCCAUUAUCGAAUUGGCUACCUCUUCAUCUGAAACUCUGUUUUCUAGUUUGAAAAAAAAAAGUUUCAAAUUUCUUGUAACAAUUUUCUUGAUGGAGGACAUAUCAUCAUGUUUUAUUUCCUUUGAAUGGAGUUGUUUGGUGUGCAAUUUUCAUGUUUCUUUCCUUAUUGUUGAUGUACAAUGAAUCCUCAUCAUGUCUUCUUUUUCAUUUUAUGUCCCAUGAAAGCAAGGCAUUUUCUAUCUUCUAUAAACACCCCACAAUUGAAGUUUUCAUUGUGGAAACUCUAGAAUCUAGAUUUUAGUUUCAUUAGGAAUCUUCUCUCGAUACAGUCAUUCUAAACGUAGUUUUGCUUUAGACUUUUGGCAAUAAACAUGACACAUGAAUUGAAGAAGAAGAUGAAUAACAAGGGAAUUGUGUUUGUGUUUUCUACCUCUACUUUCUUGUUGAAAAUUGAGAUUGCUUAAAAGUUGCCAUUGAAUAUGGAAUAUGAUAGUUUGAGAACGAACAUGGUAGGAAUGUGAGGAUUCAACAUGAAGGUUUGUAGGAGGUGUAUUUCGGAUAGCUUGUAGGACUUGAAGUACAACUAAUACUAUUUGGAGAGUGGCAUGAACUUGAUCAAGGUUAGGCUCAUGGCAAGCUAGUCUUUCAUGUACUUCCUUAUGUAAUUUAACAUUUGUUUUGCCAUGGGGUCCUCGAGAUGCUUUGAUGCAUAGAAAUUCAAAGAACAAAGAAAGUAUUGUUGUAUAUUCUACAUCUUUUUUUGCAUAAAGUUGAG